AUGUCUCCAGGCGCCGAAGGCGAAGGAUUUGAUGCCAGUAUGCCGGUAAGCCAGGUUGAAAAUGUGGUCAUUUCGGGCGCUGGACCCGCGGGAUUGAUGCUUGCAUCGAAUCUCGCACGCUAUGGUAUAAAAAGUGUCAUAGUAGAUGACCGACCCGACAAGACAUCUACCGGGAGAGCGGAUGGGCUGCAGCCCAAGACCAUCGAGACCUUCCGGCAGUUCAGACUCGCCGACGACCUCCUCCGCAAGGGUGUACGCAUCUACGACAUCUGCUUCUGGAAUUCCACCAAAAAUGAGUCCCUUCGCCGCACAGGCCGCGAAGUUCACUACCCCGAAGACUUGGACGUCAAGGACCCCUUCAUUCUUCUUGUACACCAGGGCAUGGUCGAGGAUAUCUUCAUCGACGAUGCUGCCGAGCGAGGUGUCCACGUGCACCGGUCUCUACCAUUCAGCACCUACUCCUACGGCUCAAGUCCUAGCGACCCACUUACUGUGACCUGUAAUGAUGCCAAAUCUGGUUCUCCUAAGACCAUCCAGACGCGCUACCUCGUCGGCUGUGAUGGCGCCCACAGCAAGGUCCGCAAAGCGAUGCCUAAUGUGGCCAUGGAGGGCGAAGCCAGUCGCGCACCUUGGGGCGUGCUGGACGGCGUCAUCAAGACCGACUUCCCCGACCUGUGGAGCAAGGUCGUGAUCCACAGCGAGGAGAAGGGCACGAUUCUGUGUAUUCCACGCGAGCGCAACAUGACUCGGCUGUACAUCGAGCUCAACCCGCGCAUGGAGGAGAGCAUGCCGUCGGAGGCGGCAACGCAGGAUUUCGUGAUGCAGCGCGCCCGGGAAAUUUUGGCACCGUAUACUGUGACGUGGGAGAGUGUGGAGUGGUUCAGCGUCUACAAGGUGGGCCAGCGUGUCGCAGCGAGGUUCGCGGAUGACACGAACAGAGUCUUCAUCACAGGUGAUGCAUCGCACACCCACUCACCCAAAGCCGCGCAGGGCAUGAACACCAGUAUGCAUGAUACUUUCAACCUAAGUUGGAAGCUGAAUCUGGCGAUCCGCGGGCUGGCACAGCCGUGCCUCCUGAGCACGUUCGAAGCCGAACGAAGGAAGAUUGCGGUCGACCUCAUCACGUUUGAUUUUGAGCACGCCAACGCGUUCGCCGCCGGAGACGACAAGGCGCUGGCCGACAAUUUCUCCAAGAACGUGGGCUUCAUCUCCGGCGCGGGCGUGCACUACGCGCCCAACGUACUCAAUCAGCCUGAGGACAACCCCCGAGGCAAGUUGCGAGCCGGGUCACUCAUGCUCCCGGCCACGGUCACAAGGUACAUCGACCACAACCCCGUCGACAUCCAGCUUGACAUACCGAUGCUGGGGCAAUUCCGCAUCUUCUUCUUCACCCCGAACGUGCACGCGGCAAAGGCCUUCCUGGAGAGCGUGUGUGCGCACGCUGCUUCCUCGAAGUCGGUACUCGGCUGCGUGUCGGCCGCGGCUCAGCAGUCGUACGUGGCGCUCAACCUGCCAAGCCCGGAGUCAGAGGAGUUCGUGCAGCCUGAGCGGUACACGACGGUGUCCCAGGUGGCGACGUAUGCGCUAGUAACGACGCAAAAGAAAGCAGAGGUGGAGAUCGCGGAUCUGCCAGAGGUGUUGCAGCGGAGCCGCUGGACGUUCUACUUGGAUGACGUGAAGGGUCAGGCAAUGGGCUGCACAGAGAAGUGGGUGGGCGGACUAGGCGAGGGUGAGGUAGCUGUGGUCAACGUGAGGCCUGAUGGGUAUGUGGGCAGUAUUGGCAGGUUCGAUGCUCGGAUACCGGACGCCUCUCAGUCAGCGCAGAGCUGGCUUGAUGGCUAUUAUGGUGGGUUCUUGGCUGCAUGA